CUUCUUUGCCGUCCAGUCGUCGUCGUCUCCUCGUGGGCUCGCGGCCGUGGCGCAUUAAGGAUUCGAACCCACUCGUCAAAGAGAAUCCAUCCGCAAAAUCGAAAGCAACAGCAGCUGAUUAUUAAAGCCCCGCUUUUUCAAAAGCCGCAAGGGCUAUACCCCUAGUUGUAAAUUGGCGGAAAGGAAAUUCGCCUCCUCUUCUCCAAUUGCAGCUGCAGUUGCGUGCUCGAGAGGGGUGAAGAACCUAGAAGCCCUGCCAGCGCGCGGCGCCGGCGCCUUGUUUACUCUGCGACGGCACGCUGAUUGCAUUGGUACUGUUCUUCUCCUGAUCACCACACAUGACAAGGGUCAUCCAUGACUCCGGAGAUGACAUGCAGAAGGAGGCACUUGAUUUGGUCUCAUCUGACGUUAAUUUCCCCAAGGGCCAUUUCCCAGACUAUAGGAUUGGACCAAACAACCAAAUCAUUGAUCCAGAGGAGACACAUGAGGCUGUACCUCUCAAGGAGAUUGUUGCAAAGGAAACAGCGCAGCUGCUAGAGCAGCACAAGCGUCUUUCUGUGCGUGAUCUCAAGGAGAAAUUUGAGAAGGGUCUAUCUGGCGCUUCCAAGCUUUCUGAAGAGGCCAAGCGGCGAGAAGCCGCUUCAUUAGACAGGCAGGUUCUUCUUAAGAAGCUCAGAGAUGUUUUAGACACACUGAAAGGCCGUGUGGCUGGUCGAAACAGAGACGAUGCUGAGGAAGCUAUCUCACUGGUGGAGGCACUAGCUGUCCAGUUGACACAACGAGAAGGGGAGUUAAUUUAUGAGAAGGCUGAAGUAAAAAAAUUGGCUAACUUCCUUAAGCAGGCUACUGAAGAUGCACGCAAAGUGGCUGAAGAGGAAAGGGCCCUUGCACUGGCUGAAAUUGAAAAGGCUAGAGCUGCGAUCGAAAAAGUUGAGAAAGCAUGGCGUGUACAUGAUUUUGCGUCAAGUAGCAGAGAGAAGGCGGAAAUAGAGGAACUUAGGAAAGAGGUCCGAGAGGCUAGGAGAAUAAAAAUGCUACACCAGCCAAGCAAGGUCAUGGACAUGGAGUUUGAGCUUCAGGCACUGCGGACUCUCAUCUCAGAGAAGACUCAGCUAUGCAAUCAGCUAAAGAAAGAGCUUGCCAUGAUCAAGAGGUUAGAAGACGAUAGUUCUGGCCUCUUUGAGCUUGAAGGUUCUAAUACCCUUGGAUCACAGCUUUGUAUUAUCCCGCGAGUUGAUGGUGCUUCAAACAUCACGAACUGUCCAAUUCAGUGGUAUCGUGUAAUUUCUGGAGGCACUAGAGAACUCAUAUCAGGAGCAACAAAAUUUAUGUAUGCCCCAGAACCGUUUGAUGUUGGCCGAUUGUUGCAAGCAGAGAUAGUUUUGAAUGCAGACAAAAUUAUAGUUCAGACAGAUGGCCCUGUAGAUAACGCUGCAGGACUUGAACGUUAUGUGGACUCACUAAUGAAAAGGACGGAUAUUGAGUUCAAUGUAGUAGUAACCCAAAUGAAUGGGAAGGAUUACUCGUCGAAUUCUGUUCAUGUAUUUCACAUUGGAAAGCUGAGAAUAAAACUUCGAAAAGGAUGGUCCACAAAAGCAAGAGAGUCGUAUUCCACUACGAUGAAGUUAUGCGGGAGCCGUGGUGGUGGUAAUGCUGCAGCUAGGGCAGUUUUCUGGCACCCUAGGAAAGGCUCGUCCUACACUCUAGCCUUCGAAACAGACAGGGACAGGAAUGCUGCGAUUAUGAUUGCUCGCAAGUUCGCUUCGAAUUGCAAUAUCGCUCUCGCUGGCCCAGGCGACCAAGGCACCUGAUGAAGUGAUCACGCUAUGUUUUGACGGCGACAACAGUACAUAAUUAGGGCGUGGAUUGGCUGAUUGGGUGGCGUGCUUGUCUUAGUUUUGUCGAUUUGUGCUUGUGAGGGUAGAGGUUGUACACGGCGUGAGGCAUUGUUUUUGUUUGCCUGCCAGGCAGCACUGGCGACAUUCUUGAAAUAUGGUGUACGAAUUGACCACUGUUCUUGUGCGUUACUGCAUGGGUAAUAUUUGAACCAAAAAGAUUGGUCAUGUAUAAGUUUUUCUC